UAUCGACCGAGGGAUACAGACCUCUUACCGGUGCCUCGUAAGUUGACCUCUAAUGAGUUUACCAUCACUCUCUCUGACACACACCUCUGAAUGCUGAUCACCUCCUCCGCUUGUGGCCAGAUGGCAAGAGUUGGAGGGGAGCUAGUUGGAGGCGAGCUAGGGGUUGUGCUGGAAGAAACUGGAGUGGGCGUCACAUUUGUUGACACACCAUCUCUGGAUUCAUCAGGUCUAACUGAAGAUGCUCUCAACAACGAUCUUACUGUGUGCCAGUACAUACUUCCACAUGAUGUUACAGUUGCAGGGUUUGAAGAAGUUGUGGAAGAAGUGGAGUUGGGAUCUCCGUCCUGGGAUAACCUGAACAAAUCAUCUUCCUCGUCGUCUCUUAGCCACGACUCGGGAAUCGGCGCAGACCCCAGUCCUGACGUGUUCUUCACCCUGAUAGAAGAAACCGUAGCACCACCCGGCCUCCUCAGUUCCUCUCCAAGUCAAGAAGGAGGUGAAGUUAUUGUAGAAAGAAUAUAUGAAAUGAAAGAUGAAUUGUGUUUUACAGAAAGUGCACAUGAAAUAAAAGACGAACCACUAGAAACUGUAGAAGAGUCGAUUGAACUGGAAAAAGAAGAACAAUUGUUAGAGCAAGAUGAUCCCUGGCCAAAACGAAGAAAGAGUGAUGAUGAUAUCAUUACCGAGUGUGAGGUAAACGAGUUAGAGCCAAAAAAGAGUACCAGAGUUAGAGUUGUUGCAUAUCAUUGUACUGAGUGCAGUGUGAAUUUUACAGAUGAGAGUGAGUUUCGAGCUCACAUGGAAGCCCACUUGAUUAAAUUGCAAAAUUCUUGUGUACUUUGUAGUACAGAAUUCUCAACAAAAUCAGAACUUCAGGAUCAUAUUAAAGAACAUUUUUCUAAAAACUCCUCACAUACAUGUAACAUUUGUGAGCAAAAGUUUGUAUCGAAAAGUGGACUAAAACGACACAAGAAGCAACUUCAUAAUUUUGGCAGUGUUGUGGUACUUAAUACUGCAACCAUUAAAUGUGGUGUUUGUCAAGCAGUAUUUACUGACAAAGCCACCCUGAGGCAACAUGCUGCAACUCAUGCUGCAAGAAAACCCUUCACUUGUGAUGAAUGCGGGGCAACUUUUACUCAAAAUGGUUCACUUCAAGUACAUCUUCGGCGCCAUCGAGGAGAAAAACCCUUCACCUGCCAGUUAUGUGGUAACAGCUUCACCAGAGCACACAGUCUCAAAGUGCACAUGAAAACGCACACUGGAGAAAAGCCAUAUGCAUGUGAAUAUUGUGGUGCAUGUUUUGUUACGUCAUCUCAUUUAACCGUUCACCGUCGAACUCAUACCGGUGAAAGGCCAUAUUCCUGUGGUGAUUGUGGUGCCACCUUCAUCACUACCUCUCACCUAAAUGUUCAUCGUAGAGUACACACCGGCACUGGGAAUGUUACCGCUAACCCCGUUAGUUGCCCGCAGUGUCAAGCUACUUUUAACGAUCCGGCUCAGCUUCGACAUCACCGCCGUACUCAGCAUCGUAUUAAUCAUCAGCAGACCUCACAAGUGGCAUGCAAAGUGUGUGACAAGCGGUUUCCAAACCCUCGACAGUUAAGUAAUCACAUGGUACACGAGUGUGGCUGAGUUUGGCAUACCUUAGGGGGUAUCAUGGCAUUUCUGAUAAAAAUAAUAAUGUCGAUAUCACUGCCUUUAGUGAUUAAUGGUAUAUUCCAACAAAUAAGCCAGUGGUACUCGGUGAAGUUACUAAUAUAUGAGAUAAAUUUAAAGCAUAUAUUUGAAGGUAUAUAAUACCAGUGACAAGGAAAGUAAAGCAAUGUGUAGAUAAUGAAUGUUGUUUCACAGGGAGCAAGGCCUAAUGUUUGCCACAGACUUUAGGCUAAUAUUAAGUCAUAUGAUUGCCUUUGUAAAUGUCUUACAAGUGGCGUUAAGACCGCCCCAGUAGUCUGUCAUACGGCGGAGAAGAAUGUCUCUCAUGGCAGUAGUGUUGUAGCUAGUCGUUAAGUAGUCUCAGGUGGGUAGUGUUUAAUUUUGACUUUAGGAGAUGCUGCCUUUUGAUGCAAGUAGAAAACCAAAGAUUAUCAAUUGUGCCAUGCUUCUGUGGUACUAGUGCCAUAGUUUUAUUUAUUUAACUUAUUCAAAUGAUAUUCUUAAUUUAUUGAUAUACUGUACUGUACCAUAUUGUUUUUAUUUAUUUAUUUACUUGUACUGUACAGACCAGAAUUUGUUCUGUGCACCAACAGUAUCACAUAAUGUCUUAGCAUUAUAAUAAGCAAUACUUCUCUUGCUUAGAAUCUGAUAUGCUUCAAUGUACAAUAUAUUUCUAAAGCAUCAUGAAUUUUACUGAUUAUUGAAUGCUUACUAUAUUAUGCUUGCCACUUCUUUAGAUUAAAUGUCAUCAGUAUUUGUCAGGUUGAUAUUUGACAGACACAGGAACCUUUACCUAGUCACAACAACAAUUAUUUUCUAAUGUUCUUGAGAUGUGAGUUGCUCGUCAGUGGCAAUUGAUAAAGGGUAAUUAAGUAUGAUUAACAAGUCACUCAUAUACCAGGCGGGACAUAUUUUGAUAAAUAAGUAGUUCUUGUUGUGGUUUAUUAGAAAGCAAAGCAGACUCAAAGUGUCUCACAAUAGUACCUAUACUUGCUUUUUGUACUUAUUCCAGAUACAAUAUGAAGUGAUGGAGAUGGUUAUUGCAGAAUCUAUAAUGCAUGAAAAUGUCACAUUGAAGUCUCACAGUGCCAUUACAUUUAGUGUGAUCAAGAAUUUCUGUUUUAAGAUAUAAGAAAAGAAAGAGUUUAUUGUUAUCUAGCUAUCAUGUCUGUGUACAGUAUAUCAUCUUGAUCCAACAACUGAAUGUAAAUAAAAAGUUGGAUAUAACAUGUAAGCAGUGCAUCAUGUAGGAGUGACCACAGUUAAACAGUUACAAAGUAUUGAAGAUUUACUGCUAAUGAGACUUGCAUCACAGAAGAUAUGGGUGCUUGAGAGGUGUUACAGGGUAUUGCUGGGUGUUGGAUGUUACUACUGAUGCAGAAUAAGUAAGGGGGUUGAAGAGUAAUACAUGGUACAGUAUGUAGUUGGUAUUCACAGUGUUUGGGCUUAUUUGUAGAUUUCCUGUACAGCAUAAUGAAUGUUUUGGAAAUAAUUCACGCUCGAUCUUAUUGAUCUAUUUGUACUGUAAUCGCCAAUGAUUUUAAUGAUAUUCAGCGUCAGUAUUUUCCUGCUUACUGGUAUUGAAUUUUGGACUUAGUGCUUUUACAAAAAAUAUGGUACUGAGAAGGCUUCCAGUAUUUAGUUCACAGUUAAUGUUCACGAGUUAUGUAGAGUACAGUAACAGCGUGUGCAGUUUUUAUGGUGUUUUUAUAUUGACUAGGUGUGUUAAUCCUCUGCCUGUAUGAUUUUUCCUCUCGUACGAAAAACUGCAUAGAGUAUAAUAGCGUUGUCCUCAUCUGUCUUGGCCUCAAGGAUAAUCGUACAUGAUGGUAGUUUGAGAUGUGUAUAUUGUUGUGUCAUCUGCCAUACAGGGCUCUUGGGGAUUAAUACAAAAUAUCAACGGAGAAAAAAAUUCCUUAGCUCUGUCGAAGUUUCACGCCGAUGUUUAUAUUCUGAUAGCAGGAAGCCCCCACUCACUAGAUGUUAUCAGCAAUCAAGAAAUUUUCAGGUAAACAUAUGAGAGACUUUUGGGCGUGAUAUAAGUGCAUGAAUCUGUUUUUAUGUUGGUUAGUUCGUGGAUCUCCAUACAUAAAACAUCUCUGGCAUUAUCUGCUUACAUAAACUUAGCAAUAGGAGGUGGAGUAAAACAAAUGUAAUGGACAAUAUGUGCUGUAAACAUUUU